UGCACGAUGAGUAGGGUGAGCUCAGUAAUGCGGAGAAGACGUCGACAACGCAUCACCACCCGCUUCACAGCUCUCUCCUCUUGACUGGACGAUCUUGGCUCCGCAAGCAUCGGUGCGGCGUGGACAGCUCCUCCAUCGUUUAAUCUAUCACUAGCCUCUCCAAUCUCAUAGCAAGCGAGCCCAUGGUUUCUCUCAGGAAGCUGCCACUUCCCAAGCUCCAGUCCACAAGGACUAGGUAUCAGCCCAGUGAGCUGGGUACUGCACUCGAAAAGUUUACUCAAAUACACGUGGUGAGUCAGAUUUGGGAUUUGGACCAAAAGCUGAUUAGCUAAAGAUUGGGGGACUGUAAUAAAGGAGAAGCAGAAGGUGCCGGAGAAGUGCUUGGGGAUUUUGAGGAUUUGGGUUGCACCUGGGAGAGGUCGCGAAGAAGCUGGGCAGUUAUUGAGGAAUGCCUGAACUUACUAGUUGCGUCUUCUGAUAGGGGCGGAGUCGGUUGCGAAAUCAAUCGUGCGAGCGACAUUGGGGUGGUAGUUGUUCUUAAGUAGAGCACCGAAUAGUGCUUUCAACAGUGGUACUGGCGAUGGUCUGUGCGAGGAAGCGGCGGAAGAUGAGUUACGAAUGCGGCGUUGCGACGCAUUUCGACACACGGACUUGCUUGAAAAUUUUGAAAUAUCUAGGCUGUGAAUUACUAACCUUUUCGAAAGGUCCGUUUCAGAGUUAGGGAAAAUUCAAUAGAGUAGAGUUUGCAGUAGAAGCUAUCUUUUUACGACCGACAGCGAGCUGCAAGGUUGUUUAGAACGGGCGCAACCAUGGCUUCUGCGUGGAGGUGCAUGCUCGUGACAGCACUCUUGAGCUUCGUCCACGGAGCAUCGCCCGUGCAUGCCGUUUGCAAUAAAACCGUUGGCACUAGGACUUUUGAACAAUGUCAGGAUCUUGCAGCUCUCGGAGCUACUUACGCUUGGAGUUUGAACAAUGACACCAAUUCCGUCGAUUUUGCCUUUUCAGAGGACAUGCAAGUCACCGGGGGAUGGAUUGGUUGGGGCAUCAACCCCACGAAGGGACCCAACAUGGAGGGAACGCAAGCCCUUAUUGCGUUCAAGAAUGGCACCAGCCUGAUAGUUAUGGAAUACGACGUCACAAAUGCGGUGAAAGAUGGUGCACCUCUACUUCCCACUCUAGUGAGUGUCAAGUACUCUAAUCUCUCGGCAGUCAUGGUGAAAACCACCGUGACCAUUUUCGGAACAUUUCCUCUGGGCGCUGGAAAAGCAGCCACCGUCGACCAUGUGUGGAACCGGGGCCGGUCUGUGAACCCUAUUACAUUCGAGCUCGCUGAGCACCCACUUGCUCCUGCAAACCUCGCUAGUGUUGGCACGGUGGACCUGGCGACCGGAAUCGCCUCUGUUGUCGGCCCACCCCACCAGAAGCUCGAAAAUGCUCAUGGUGUGAUCAGCGCUGUGGCGUGGGGGAUAUUGGUUCCCAUCGGCGUGAUGGCCGCUCGGUACCUGCGACCCUUCCCCUGGGCUGAUCCUCUUUGGUUCUACCUCCACAUCACAUGUCAGCUUACGGGAUACACUCUCGGCGUUGUGGGAUGGGGGUUGGGGCUACAGCUCCAGAAGUACGCCUCUCCGAUCAAAUACUUCCACAGGAACGUAGGCAUCUCCAUCUUCGUUUUCGCCACUCUUCAGGUACUGGCAAUGGUGUUGAGGCCCAAGAGGGGCUCCAAGCAUCGACGUUACUGGAACAUGUACCACCACACCGUGGGAUACGCCACCAUCAUCCUCUCUAUUGUCAACAUCUUCGAAGGCCUGGAUCUGCUGCAACCCGAGAGCAAGUGGAAGGAUGCGUACAUCGGUGUGCUUGUGGCCCUGGCUGUUAUUGCGGCACUUCUAGAGACUGCCGCUUGGGUGGCAUGGCUCCGGAGAUCCAAGGGAAGGAUUCCUGAGUCUCCUCCUCCACCUCACUUAGGCAGCAAAGCUAAAGACGCCUUGGAGCCAUGAAAACCACCAUCCUUGAGCAAGUUGGUGAUUGGUUGCUUGCCUCGGCCGACACUCCGAGCAUUGGUCUGCAGCAUGAAUCAUACUGAACAUGUGCAUUCUCUUCUGCCUUUGCCUUUGGUGAUUCUGCAUCUUAUUGUGAGUCUCCGAAGAGACUAGGUUGAUGCAGAAACUAUCACAGGAAAAUGGUGGAUGUGUAUUGUAAGCGUUUCAUUGUCGGUCGUGGCUAUCAAAAUAUAUUUAACCUCUUUUUGGUUAUUUAUUUUCAAAACAUACUGUCAUUUGUAUCAUGAAAAAAUUGUAAGAGUAUUUGUGAGGCCUAAAGGGGUAACAUAAUUUGGCAAACACUGGAGCUUUCAAAA